AAUAGGGCAAUACAUAUUUGUCAUUCUCCCUUAUUUGCACAUCUCACGAGUCAUGGCCAGUCCAGUACCCUCUGCGUCCCUGUUGUCGAAUCCUCCUCAAACUGCGCCAUCGCCGCCGCCGACUUCAACCUUUACCCUGCCGCUUCUCUGCUAAGCCUUUCACUCUCUGAUUUUCGUGUUUCAUUCGGUGGCGAGUAGUCCACACCCAACCAAAAAAAAAAAAAAAAACAGGUGACGGGUAGCACACACGUGACGCGUUGCCAUGUGCCCGUAAUUUCCUGCGAAGGAUCACUCUGUGAUGACGUGGAUUUUAUUGAGUUUUUUGUCUUGGGAUUAUGUUGUCUGUACUUCACGAAGAAGAUUGAAAGCAAGGUCUUUGGAUCAAUUUCCCCUCCUAAUGUUCCUCCCUCUUUUGGAAUGGUGGCUACGAAGACUAACGGGAGACUUUCGAUGCUUGAAGUCUAGAAACUUCACUCCUUCCACGGAUUACAGAUUAUAGGUGUGGAAGGGACAUGACACAUGCCUGCCAUUUCACACUUUUUAAGGCUUUAAAUCUUGGAGUUGUCACAGGACACAAGUCAUUGAAAUUUUGCUUGAAUUUCUCACGCAAGUGCGCAAUUGGGCAAGUUAAAAUGGAAAAAGGUUACACUAGCAAUGCAAGAGGUGCGUUGAUUGUUUUAGAGGGCUUGGAUCGUAGUGGAAAGACUUCACAAUCAAGAAAAAUGCAAUCGUACUUGGAGGAACGAGGGUUUCCAGUUGAAUCAUGGCGGUUUCCAGACAGAAAUACAAGUGUUGGGCAAAUGAUAUCUGCCUAUCUUACCAAUAAGUCGCAGCUGGAUGAUCAUACAAUCCAUCUUCUUUUCAGUGCAAAUCGGUGGGAGAAGAGAUCACUUAUGGAGACAAAGCUGCGGACUGGAACCACGCUUAUUGUUGACCGUUAUUCUUUUUCUGGGGUUGCAUUCUCAGCUGCCAAAGGACUAGAUAUUGAAUGGUGUAAGGCACCUGAGAUGGGGUUGCUAGCUCCAGAUCUGGUAGUUUACCUUGACAUAUCUCCGGAGAAAGCUGCAGAAAGAGGAGGCUAUGGAGGUGAGAGAUAUGAGCAGCUUGAGUUUCAGCAGAAAGUUGCCCAACAUUAUCAGAUCCUCCGAGAUGGCUCCUGGAAGAUUAUAGAUGCUUCCCUGCCCAUGGAAGAUGUUGAGAAACAGUUGAAGGAGGUUGUAUUGGAUUGCGUCACCACAUGCUGUAGAGGGAAAUCACUUGCACAGCUCUGGUCCCAUUAAUUCUCCCUCCCACCCUUGUGUAUUGCAGCAAAUUCGCGAGGGUAUGUCUAAACUUAAGAAUUUUCUGUGUGCAGUGUGGUUUAAAGUUAUUGACUCAGUUUCAUACCUUGUUUUAAUCCAAGAUCAGAAUCCUUCAACCAUGUAAUAUUUUUUAUGCAACAAAAUUUUUUACUGAUGAAACAGUAUAUUACUUUUUAUUUUAUUUUUAUUUUUAUUUUUUAUAAAUAGAUGAUCGGUUUUGGCUACAGACAGAUUGUUUGUGAGGCUAGAAUGAAAUUCAAUUCUAUUGUAAAUUCCUGCCAA